CAGCAUGACCAGAAGGAAUAUUCAGGGACUUCAAGCAGAGAAAGAGAGCAUAGUAUUGCAAAAUUUGCCACUUCAAAUUUCAAGGCUCAAUGUUCUUUUGAGCUCAAGCUGUGUCUGACCAACCCACCUCUUGGCAACUGCCAAGGACAGACUUGCCAGCCCUUCUGAAAUAAGCGGCCACCUCUAUUCAGAGUGUGAAUCUUGUUUCUUUCUAUGAAACAUCACAUUUUUCCUUUUAAAAAUGGACAGAAAACACUUUUCAUCGUGGAGGGCAAGGAACAAGUGGAGCAUGGAAAAACAUUUGCAAGAGGUAAAAUGGAGCAUGGAAACCGUGUGGCUCUGGAGGGCGGUUUCUUCUUCAGGUUGGCUGAGGAAAAGCGAGAAGGUGCCCAUCGUCUCCUGAGGCAAAACCAGGUGAGCGACCGCUCCCUCUGCCAGGAUGGGCAGAAGCUGACCCAAGAUGAGUGGCAUGAUUGCCUGGAAGCCAUGGAAGCUGCCCUGAUCCUGGAGAAGAAUCUGAACGAGGCCCUUUUGGAUCUGCAUGCCCUGGGUUUGACUAACACAGACCCCCAACUCUGCUUUUUCCUGGAGAGCCACUUCUUAGACCAGGAAGUGCAACUCAUCAAAAAGAUGGGUGAGCAUCUGACCAACCUCCGCAGGCUGGCCGGCCAGGAUGCUGGUCUGGGCGAGUAUCUCUUCAGAAAGCUCACACUCAAGGGUAACUAGGAGCCCCCCGGGGCCCAUCGGCUUUGGAGCGGCUCCUCUGUGUUCUCCUAACAUCAAGAUACGCCUGAGUUUCUAGCACCAGCCAAGAGACAGCUUCUCACCACCCAGGAGCACCCGCCCAAGCCGUGGAUUAAAUGGAAACAAAAAAGGUUCUUUUUGCAGAGAAGGCUAAGAUGAAAAAAAUAAGUAUUCAGAAUAGCAUGCAGAAUUUUCUGUUUAAUUCUAUAACCUGUUUAAUUUUAAUCUGUUCUUAACCUUUCUGAGUGAUUUGUGGACUUUUGGGGAUCCAACAAGCUGUCUUUUCUCUGUCAAGAAGAAACACACUCACCUUAUUCCUAAACAUUGCAUAUACAGUGUUGGACGUUUUGCAGUUUCUCCAAAACCAUCAUGAGGACUGGAAUGAUUGUAAAAUGUAUUCCUGAUUUUGCCUAGCUAAAGAGUGGACUAUCUGGACUACAUCAUACUGGACAUUCCCAAAACUGUCAAAUUCACAAUAACAGUGUUUUUCCUGAUCUUCAACUUGGUGUGAUGCCAUCUGCCUAUUCUGAAGAAUCCAAGAAGAAGUCCUGUGAAAUUCAUCUUUGUAUCUCCCAUUGGAUUGCUGUUGAGAACACUGACUAUAACAUCAUGCGCUGGUCUGUUAAUGAAGCCUCUCAAGAGAAUUUUGGUCUGGAUUUACUAUUAGAAAUAACAGUGUUCCACUUGUGUGAUUAGUUUGUUUUGGUUUUAUGGACACUAAAUGAACUAAUUAACUUGCCUUUUCUUUUUGCCUUCUAGAAAGCUUAGGACCAAAUUUGUAGUCCACCCAAAGUAAAUGAAUAGAACUGUAUUAAGUUUUGUUUUGGUGUGUGUAUAUGCUUCUUUCCUGAUCUGUUAUUAGAUUCUUGGUGUAUGUUAUGGAUCCUCUUAAACCACUUUAAACUCUUUUACAAGGUUAUAUAUAAAUAGAUAGCCAAAUAAACUUUAAAAUGUA